AUGGCUGCGUCGAGUCGGCGGAGAUUCCGCAUUCCGCCGGCCUCGGCUCGAGCGCAACCCGAGUCCGCCGGUCGACUCGACCUCCCAGCAGGGUCGAGAAAAUCAACGACGAGAGGGAGAUCUUUUAUCAUUGCAAACAUGCCAUUUUAUACCUUUAACAUAAAAGGGGAGCGACUAGUCGACCAUCCGUAUAUUCAGGAUGACUGCUACUACAGUGGUUACGUGGAAGAUGUUCCCGAUUCUGACGUCGUCCUUUCAACCUGCCUUGGUCUCUGGGGAUACAUCCAGAUUGGAAGCUUAACAUAUGAAAUACAACCUAUAGAGAGUUCUCCUACAUUUCAGCACCUUAUUUAUCGAACUGCCCCCCAGCACCACGAGCCUUGUGGCGGGGUUCUGGAAGACCUGGAUGAGUCGGACAGUAAUCAGUUGGGAGGCGAGAAUGCGGGCAACCUGUCUGCCGACCCCUCCUCUGAAAAAUUGUUGAAAUAUCCUGUAGAAGCAGCGGCUGGAUACUUGGAGUACUACGUGGUCUGCGAUGGCUCCAUGUAUCAGCAGGAAGACCGCAAUGAAACUCGUGUGAUGCUACUGAUGCUUCAGAUUAUGUCUGUCCUUCAUAAUAUAUACGAAGAGUUGGGUCUGCAUAUAAUUUUGAUAGGCAUGGAGAUCUGGACAGAGCGAGAUUUUUCAGCAGUCAGCCAGAAGAAGCUGGCCAAAACUUUGGAAAGAUUUUACCAUUACGCCACUUUUGAACUUCGGCGCCACGUCUAUUUUGACCACGCCACGAUAUACACGUAA